AUGGCGUCGAGAGGGUUGCCUUCAGUCGCGCAUCCGGGCGAGCAUGAGAGGUCCGUCUCGGAUGGUGACGUAGAGGUGGAGAAGAAACGACGGAAGACCCGGAGACGUCGUGCCAACAAGAAUCGCUUCAAGCCGUACCAUUCGCUGAGUCCCGAAGAAAAGAUGGCGCUGGAUGCCGCUGAAACCGCGAGAUCGGAACGUAGGACCCGAGAACGAAUGGCGAAUGGAAAGCCUAUGGCUCCGAGUAAUACAACGCAGUUUUUAUUGGAGGAUAGAGAAGCCCGUGCUGAACAAGGACGAGAGGUUGAAUUGGCAUACGAAGCUAGUGAACGGCGACGUGUGCGGUCAAUUAGUGUUUCUAGCGAGUUUAUGGCAGCGAGUGAGGGAGCCUCUUCAAGCGGUGACAGUGAGACUGACAAAGAAAUGGACCGAGAAUUUGAGGCCGAGUUUGAAGAGUACACAAUGGAUAGGCUCUCAAGACUCACUAAGGACGAAAUGACGAAAGAGAUAUUGGACAAGGAAAAAAAUGCAGAACUCUAUCAAGAGAAUAUAACAAAGAUGAUGAAGGAGAAUCAGCGGUUGAGGAAGAUGUUACAGGACAAUGGAAUUCCUGUUGAUCAUAAUCAUACUUCGCAACCAGUUGUAUAG